CCUUGGAGCCAAGAAAAUAACUCAAAUAAUUCGGAAAUUAAGUAGGAAAUGGAUGCAAACAAACAUUAUGCUUACGACGCGUCUGACGUUCACCUUACCUGCCACUUGGAGCGCUAGUGUCGCUCCAUCUGUCAAACGGCAACAAUUUUUACAGCAGACACUAAUGACAGCAGCAGAGAAGCUUGCCGCUGUUCCUGAUGUGGAUAUCGACCCAGAGGGAACAUUUAAGUAUGUUCUAAUACAUGUCUUUGGUCCAGAGGGUCCUGAUGGCAAAGAACCGAGCAAAUUAGUGGUGCGAGAAUACAAGUGAGUUGGCUUCCAUUCGGACGUCUACGAUGAGACGAUGGACAGGGUGAAAGGCCUCGGCGUUGAUACCGAGUGCACUGGUGGUGGCAGAAUACAGCACGACCCCAGUGCCAAGGUCAUCAAAGUGUACAGCUACUCACAGGGGUUUGGGAAGGCAGACCACAGCAAGACAGUAGAAAUUCUGAAGACUGCAUAUCCUGUUUACAACAUUACUUGGAGUGAUGAAGGAUACUGAUCUGCUCAGGUUGUAAUAUUUGACAUUGCAGCUUUUGAAAAUGGAGCUGGAUGUUGUGCCCUCUUUCCUAUUGGAGUGUUUCUCUGUGAUCAGAAUUGGAGGCAGACAAUUCACUUGAACGUCCAUUGCUGUUGUUGAUGUCUUUGAAUCAUGUUGUUUCUUUGUGAUUAAUAAAAAAGUUAUACAAUCCAA